AUGCAUAUAAUCUUUAAAUGUCUAUUUAUUUCACAAAUGAUUAAUUAUUAUUGUUUAAGUGAUUCUGAAUUAGCAAAAAAACAAAAUUAUUAUUCUAUGCCAAAUAUGUAUGCGUUCUGUGAAGCUAAUAAAAUUUGUUACGAAUUCGGACUAUCGGUUGGUAAGCAUUUGAAACUACCGGUAUUUGAAGAUUUACAGUAUAUUCUUAAAGAUGCAAAACUUAAAACAUUUUGGUUGGAAUAUAAUGCAUUAUUUACACCACGUAUGGCUGGUUUGAUCAGAUGGCGAUAUCAUGAUAUAUCGAUAGAACUAGCUAAUUUGGGAGCAAUGAGAUCUACAAAUCUCCCAUUAUCUUACAAUGAUGAACGUUAUUGCGUGAUUCAUAAUAAAGAAGGUUUACCGGAAGGAGUUCAGUGUAAUAGUGUUAAUAAUGUUAUUUGUGUUGAAUCAAAUAUACAACAUGUCAAUCAACUGAUAGGCACUGAUUUAUCAAUUUUAUUGAAAAAAUUCACCAUUGAACAACGUGUUGAUCCAAAUUUUGUGUCAAUCGAUAGUCAAAGAGAUGGCUGUUAUGAACUGUUUACAAAGCAUAGUACAUACGAUUGUGUUUUACAAUGUGCUGAAACUGUAAAUUGUGUAUCAGGCUACUUUAAUCAAUUGCAAAACCAAUGUAUUAUCAUUUUAUACCAUCAUAGUUUAUUACCUCAUCAAUAUUCGGAUUCUGUAUCUCAUUGGUUAAGAUUUAUACUUAAUUAUUAA